AAAGCCAGCCUCUACCUGCAGGGAAGCAACUAUAUAAAAUCGGCGGAGCACUGAAGUGACAAACAGGCUUCAGAUGUGCAAGAACAGCUGCCGGCGUACAGGUUAUCACUUUAUAACAACUGAAGUACGAAACUCAGUUUCAUUAUGAGAAUGAAGAUCCUUGCCUUGCUUUGGCUUUUUGGUAUUGGAUUUGCUGAUUUAUGUACAGUUCCUCGUGGUGCCACCAAUAUUGUUAGACAAGGCAUAGCAGAGCAGUCUUCUCCCUAUGAAAACCUUGGACCUCCAAACCUGGCCAUAGAUGGGAAAACAAGUGGCGUCUUCAGUGACGGUACCUGCACCCACACCAAUGAUAAGUUUCCCUCCUGGUGGAGAGUGAAUUUGAAGGCGAGCUACACCAUCUCUAUGGUGGUGGUCUACAACAGACUGGACUGCUGUGACACGAGGUUGAUGGGGGCUGAAGUCCGAGUUGGUGAAACACCUGAUGUCUCAACACAUGUCAGAUGUGGCACAAUUGAGGUAACUUCUCCUGGGUCUGUUCACACCAUCUGCUGUAAUGGAAAGAGAGGUCAGUUUGUCAGUGUUGUCCUGCCGAAUCAGCCUCAGUAUCUGACACUCUGUGAAGUGGAGGUCUACGGAGUAGAAAUCGUCUCACCCUGCAAACCUGCAUUAAAUGCAAUUAAUAUUGCUAGACAAGGCAUAGCAGAGCAGUCUUCCCCCUAUGGAAACCUUGGAUCUCCAAACCUGGCCAUAGAUGGUAAAAUAAGUGGCAUCUUCAGUGACGGUACCUGCACCCACACCGAAAAUUUGUAUCCCUCCUGGUGGAGAUUGAAUCUGAAGGCCAGCUACGCCAUCUCCACAGUGGUGGUCUACAACAGACUGGACUGCUGUGACACAAGGCUGACGGGGGCUGAAGUUCGAGUUGGUGACUCACCUGAUGUCUCAAAGCAUGUCAGAUGUGGCACAAUUGAGGUAACUUCUCCUGGGUCUGUUCACACCAUCUGCUGUAAUGGAAAGAUAGGUCAGUUUGUCAGUGUUGUUCUGCCAAAUCAGCCUCAGUAUCUGACACUCUGUGAAGUGGAGGUCUAUGGAGUAGAAAUCGUCUCACCCUGCAAACCUGCGUUUAAUGCAAAUAAUAUUGCUAGACAAGGCAUAGCAGAGCAGUCUUCUCCCUAUGGAAACCUUGGAUCUCCAAACCUGGCCAUAGAUGGUAAAACAAGUGGCGUUUUCAGCGAUGGUACCUGCACCCACACCGAAAGUUUGUAUCCCUCCUGGUGGAGAUUGAAUCUGAAGGCCAGCUACGCCAUCUCCACAGUGGUGGUCUACAACAGACUGGACUGCUGUGACACCAGGCUGACAGGGGCUGAAGUUCGAGUUGGUGACUCACCUGAUGUCUCAAAGCAUGUCAGGUGUGGCACAAUUGAGGUAACUUCUCCUGGGUCUGUUCACACCAUCUGCUGUAAUGGAAAGAGAGGCCAGUUUGUCAGUGUUGUUCUGCCAAAUCAGAUUCAGUAUCUGACACUCUGUGAAGUGGAGGUCUACGGAGAAGAAAUUGUCUCACCCUGCAAACCUGCGUUAAAUGCAAUCAAUAUCGCUAGACAAGGUAUAGCAGAGCAGUCUUCUCCCUAUGGAAACCUUGGAUCUCCAAACCUGGCCAUAGAUGGGAAAACAAGUGGCAUCUUCAGUGAUGGUACCUGCACCCACACCAGUAAUGACUCUCCCUCCUGGUGGAGACUGAAUCUGAAGGCCAACUACACCAUCUCCACAGUGGUGGUCUACAACAGGCUGGACUGCUGUGACACCAGGCUGACGAGGGCUGAAGUUCGAGUUGGUGACUCACUUGAUGUCUCAAAGCAUGUCAAAUGUGGCACAAUUGAGACAACCUACCCUGGAUCUGUUCACACUAUCUGCUGUAAUGGAAUGCGUGGCCAAUAUGUCAGCAUUGUCCUGCCAAACCAACCUCAGUAUCUGACACUCUGUGAAGUGGAGGUCUAUGGAGAAGCAACCAACUUACUCAGAUGAUGUCAAGGAUUGAGAAACCAGCAAAGAUAAUUGAGAUUUUUCAGUCUUCAUGUAUAAUGACAUAAUGACAACAACAAAACGGCACAUCUGGAACUUGCAUGUUGACCUUUCAUUUGUAUAUCAGACAGUGCAAAGUCUUUCUAACUGAACUUAUUGAUCAAAAGACGAAUUGGGUUGUGAUGUAAUUCUUCAACAUUAUGAAAAUGUCAAAAUGUACAUCACGCACACUUUAAAUAUUUGCAAUAAAAUAUUGACAUUGUUGUUUUUAAGCCUUA